CGUCCAUGCAUGUCCGUCCGUGCAUCCCAUCCGCUUCGCUCAUCGACUGUCACCUCGCCCCCCACAUCCAUCCCCUCUCUCCUACUUUACUUGGCGUAUCCUCCGGCCUUUGCGGACCGCAGGAAGUUCUGCAGUGCAUGCAGCCGGGCAUCUAUGUCACUCACCGCUAUCUCGGGCGACGCGCUCCCACUCCCUACGCUCUCCUCUUCAACACCACCCACCGCCUUGCCAUGCGGGCGGCUGCCGCCUGUCACAGUCGCCGGCAUGACAGAGGACGACGCCCCAUCCGGUGAUCCAGGGGGCAGCGACAGGCGAGGGGACUCACUAGUGUUGUCAGCGAUACCGUUAAUGCCAUGAGAUGUCCCCCCAUCCUCGCGGGGGCCUUGGUCGGUCUUGCCGGCAGUGACGGGGAUGCGGGGUGGUGGCAGCAGCUUGGCGGGUGGGUGCAAGGGCUGCAAUGGCGGCGAGGGGAUGCACACCGACAUGGGGACCGAAUAGGGAGACGGGGAGGGGGAGGAGGACGCCACUGGGCUGGUGGGGCCUCGCUGAUGCUGCUGCCGCUGGGGCCGACUCAGGUGGUGCUGUGGUGGUCCUCGUGGCUUACGCAUCAGAGGUGAGAGGGAUGGCGACAGCCUGGCGCCCUGUUUGGGGGGCGGCAGGGGGUGUUGGUGCAGCGACGGCAGCCGUGCGCCGAUGGCGGCAUGGGUGGGGGAUGGCGCCCGGCCCCUUAGGCCCCUCCCCCCUCUCCCACCCACCCCAUAGUACGAGGGGCUCGGAUGGCGCUGACUCGAUGAUGACUGGUCCGAAUCAAACGAUCGCCGCAGCCUGUUGGCGCCCCUUUGUCGCGUGUGUUCCCCCGGCCACCCUGUGACGGUGACGCCCCCCGCCCGCAGAGUGGGACUCGCUCGCCCUACUGCAGGCGCCUUAACAACAGAGCGGCUGUAGUCAGGGGCAGAGAACGGCUUGGUCGGUCGACUCCCCACUGGUGGCGACGGGGCCCUCUGCCUGGUCAGCCCGGGGUGAGGCCGGCGGGGUGGGGGUGAGGGUGACGGCCCACGAGAGCCGCGCGAGGCCACAGAGGAUGCACGUGAUGUGGGGCGGCGGGAAGGCGGGGCCGAACCCCCCGCUGCUCGACCGGCCGGCUGGCGAGUGGACCAGCGGGAGGGGGACGGAUCGCGUGAAGGGGCAUGACGCAGCCGAAGCCUGAUGGUGUUAUUGUCGUCCUCGAGACGCUUCACUUGUGCCUUGAGCUUCUUCUCGCCCUCGCGUGCACGCUGCAGGUCCCUCUGGAGUGUCUGGAGGGUCCGCUGGUCCUGCUGGCGCAGCGCCUGGCAGCGGUGUAGCUCCUCCGUGAGCUUGUGCAGCUGCUGUCGCGUGUGGUCCCGGCCGCCAUCUGACGCCGUCUCACUGGAGCGCCGAUUCAUGGCUUGGCUCUGACUGGUGCUGAUGGUGGCAUCCGACACGGCCUGAAUGUCGCGACGCAUAGCCACGACCUCCCUCUCCUUGGCCGCCAACUUGCGCCUCAGUUCGUCAUUCUCACGCAUGAGGGCAUCAUCGGUGACCUCGGCUGCCCCCGUCCCCUGUUGCUGCGUGAGGCGCUCUAUCCUGCGCGAGGCCGCCGAUAGCUCCCCCCUCAAUCGCGCCACGGUAGCCUGGAGAGCAGCCACCUCAGUGUCUUCCUGGUAGGCCAACGCCAGGGGGUAGUGGACGCGGUCGAACUCUCCCUGGUAGGUCAGGAUGAGGUACCUCUUGCUGCGAUCACUGGCAGGGUGGACGGACGGCUGGGAGGCCGACGAAGGGGUGGGGGUGGGGGGGUGGGGGUGGGGCAGCCCGCCGGGGGGUGGCAACCCAGCAGUGUAUAUGGCCGCCCCGCCGCUCGACGAGGAUGCGCUGGAGGACGAGUCGUGCAGGCGUCUGCUGCCCGCCUUGUGGUGUGGCUCAGCCCGGCCGCGGAGCAGGGCCAGGUCGCGUGGUGUGAGGAGGUCGAGAUACACGCUCUCACAGUCCUCAGAUAGGGCCGAGAACAGCAUGCGCCGAAACACCUCAUACGACUUGAAGUUGCCUGCACACAAUAAGAUGUAAUCAAUUCAUGGAUGGAUGCACCCGCCGCUAGUCAGUCAGUCAGUGAGGGACAGACAGCCCUCAAUGCCCUCCCACUGAUUCGUUCCCCCUCACCUGUCCUCUGUGUAAUCUCUUCGAUGAGUUGUCUGCUGAAUUUGGCCCGCCACCGCAUGCCGGUGCCUCUCUGCAGGAUAUCGACCACCAUGCCGUUGUCGUCGCCUUCCAGCGUGCAGGAAUAAUCGCUGUCGUGAAAGCGGCGCUCCACCGUGUGCGAAAAGGGCAAUGAAGCCAUCGCGAAAUGCCUCAACCAACAAGCUGGGCAAUGAAUUGAUGCACCAAGAAACGGUCACCAGUCCCCUAUCUGUCCCUAUCAGCUGACAGUGGAAC